CCAGCCUCUGGGCACGCAUUGGGCGGCGCUUGCCGGCUUCAAAGACUCGGAAGAACGCGGCUAGUGUGCGGCGCGUGGUGAUUGUUGGAGCCCGAGCAGCUGCUGAAGUCUCUGCGAUCCGUGGAACCAAUGUCAACUACUGUGACCUGUGAAGUGUGUCGAAACGCUUGCGGAGUCUGUGUGCUAGUGCGGCAAACCUCCGACUGAGCAUGCAGCUUUGGACCGAGCCCAGCUGAGGCCGUGUGUGCAGUUUGUGAUCGCGGCGCGUCGUUGCCUUCAUAUCGCGACGCCUCGAAGAACUGGUUUCCAGCAAGGCGUGUGGAUUAAAAUAAGCUAGCCGCCGUCUGCUCGAGCGGGGGGGAACAUCUCCGCAAGAAGGAUGCCCGGGAGUCGCCGCUGUUUCUCCUGACGACGCCAGCGCCCCACAGCAGCCAUGCGCCGUAACACGCGGCGUAUGCUGAAGCUGGCGCUGACGGCGCUGGCGUUGGUGCUGUGCACCACGCUUCUGUUCCGCAGCCUAGCCGGCAGCGGGAACCCGGUGCUGGACUAUGUGCCUGGCGGUGCCUCCUUCCUGCCCAAGGCGCCACGGGAACCCAACGUCGGCGCCGAGGUGUUUCGACAGCGAGGUGGCCUCAUUGAGCCACCGGCAAAUGGGAACGGCAGUAAAGCGGAGGUUAACUCGGCGCAACAUCUACGCGCCCAGCCUGCUGUAGCCAACGACUUGUCGGCCGGUGGCCAAGUGGACGCCGAUGGCAAGAAGGACUGGCACGACCGCGCCAUGAUCAGCCGCGAAGCGCAAGCCAAAGGUCCCGGCGAGCAGGGUGCCGCCUACUUCCUGCCGACCGGCAUGGACAAGAGGAAGGAUGAGCUGUACAAGGUCAACGGCUUCAACGCGCUGGCCAGCGAUUUCAUCGCGCUCAACAGGUCGCUGCCUGACAUAAGGCAUCCAGGGUGCCAGAAGAAGCGCUACGUGUCCAAGCUCCCCACAGCGAGCGUGGUUGUCCCCUUCCACAACGAGCACUGGACGACGCUUCUGCGCACGGCCACCAGCGUGCUCAACCGGUCGCCGCCGGAGCUCAUCAAGGAGAUUAUCCUGACCGACGACUACAGCAACAAAGAGCAGCUGAAGAAGCCCCUGGAGGACUACAUCGCCAAGCACUGGAGCAAGGUGCGGGUGGUGCGUGCGACGCGGCGCGAGGGCCUGAUCCGCGCCCGGCUGCUGGGCGCCCGGCAGGCGACCGGCGACGUGCUAAUCUUCCUCGACUCGCACACCGAGGCCAACGUGAACUGGCUGCCGCCGCUGCUGGAGCCCAUUGCCAAGGACUACCGCACCGUGGUGUGCCCCUUCAUCGACGUCAUCGACUACGAGACGUUCGCCUACCGCGCCCAGGACGAAGGCGCGCGGGGCUCCUUCGACUGGGAGCUCUACUACAAGCGGCUGCCGCUGCUUCCCGAGGACCUGGCGAAUCCCACGGAACCCUUCAAGAGCCCCGUGAUGGCUGGCGGCCUGUUCGCCAUCAGCCGGCGCUACUUCUGGGAGCUGGGCGGCUACGACGAAGGCCUGGACGUGUGGGGCGGCGAGCAGUACGAGCUGUCCUUCAAGAUCUGGCAGUGCGGCGGCACCAUGGUGGACGCGCCCUGCUCUCGGGUGGGCCACAUCUACCGCAAGUUCGCCCCGUUUCCCAAUCCGGGCAUAGGAGACUUCGUCGGCCGAAACUACCGCCGCGUAGCUGAGGUGUGGAUGGACGAGUAUAAGGAGUACCUGUACAUGCGGCGGUCGCACUACCGCAACCUGGAACCCGGUGACCUGACGGCGCAGAAGGAGCUUCGCAAGCGGCUCAACUGCAAGUCCUUCAAGUGGUUCAUGGAGAACGUGGCCUUCGAUCAGCCCUCCAAGUACCCGGCCAUCGAGCCGCCCGACUACGCGUGGGGAGAGAUCCGGCACGAGAAGAGCUCGCUGUGCAUCGACACGCAGUUCAAGGGCCAGAACGAGCGAUUCGCGCUGGAGAAGUGCAUCAGCGACCACCGUGACCAGUCCGGCGAGCAGCAGUUCGUGCUCACCUGGCACAAGGACAUUCGGCCGCAGAAGCGCACCGUCUGCUUCGACGUGUCCAGCUCCGAGCCCAGGGCGCCCGUGGUGCUCUGGAGCUGCCACGGAAUGCACGGCAACCAGCUGUUCAAGUACGACACGACCACGAAGCAGAUCAGUCACCCGAUCACGGCCUCUUGCCUUGACUGCGACGCGGAACGGCGCGAGGUGUUCAUGAACUCGUGCGACCCAAACUCGGUGUCGCAGCGCUGGCUCUUCGAGCACGUGAACGAGACGGCGCUGACCAACUGGUGAUCGCCGGAGCGGCGCGCACGUGACUAUAAAAAAAAAAUUUCCUUGCCGCACUUUCGGGAGCCUCUUCUGCGACACUCGAUGACGUUGGCGACUCCAUUCAAUGCCUGACUGCGGUGACGCCGCUGGACGACUGCCUGGAGCGCAUAACCCGUCACCGUUUGAUUGAAAAAUGACUUCUCCGUGUUUCAUCUGUCCAGCCACUUCGCGCAACACAGCGUCGCUGCACUGUUGUGUCCUGAAUGUGAGAUAUUUAGUCUGGAGACAGAUUGAACACGUGCGCGAACGCGUGAUGAACUUGGUGUUAUAUUUACGGGAGUCUCUCAAAGCGCCUUUUCUUCUCUAUAUUUUUUCCUAAGUGACUUCUAAGUAGAAAAAAAAAAACGCAGACUCUUCACAUAUCUUUUAUGCUCUUCUACUAGACACCUGUCUGGGUGACAAGGAAAGCGGUGUUGUCUGUAACUGAACGCUUUGUAGAGUCCCAGUCGUGUCGCAGCGUUGUGUGACGUGGAUCACUGCAUAAUGCGUAGAAGACCUAGUGUGCGUAAACAAGACUCAGCGUUUGCUUUUGUGUGCUCACUUUUUUUUUCUAAAGGGAAAGGAGGGCCAGCUCCUUCAUUGAAGGCAUUCCAUCUCUGUUGCUGAAGGUCGUGAGGUGGCAAGGUCAUCGGCGUCACGGAAUGAAAACGCGAGGUGGUGGACGGUCAAGGGAGGCUGUCAGCGAUAGCAUUUGUGAUUUCAGCUUAAUGUUCGAAUUGGCGUCUUGCGACGGUCCAUGGAUAUUACGCUCGCGUGCAGGUGUACACAUUCCAGUCGCCAGGUGCGCUCAAUCCUUUCUUGAACGAUGUUGCGUGGUGGACAGUGCUGAGUGGUGGCCAGGACCCAAGUGCUCCGCUCUUUCAGACAGCAUUCUCUGGCACCCACAAGGACUGCCUGAAGGCCCCACCGAAAGCAAGUCCGUGGCAUCGAUCUGUGUGUGUGUCCGUGUGUGUGUGAUCCUGUGCGAUGGACAAAUGUGCGUCUUGCAAAACUUCUUGAACUUCUCUAUUGACUUGGUGUUGCUUUUUUGACCGUAUUUUUUUCUUAGAAGCAAUAUUUGUUUUUCUCAUUGUUCUGGAGGGUCUGUUUGUUUCGGCGUUAAGUGCGCUUGGGACCGGACCUAAUAAGGCUGCCGAGUCCCGGCAGGGCUGGUUGUUUGUUUUUGCUAGAGCAACUAACAGAGGCAAGCGAUUUCAACGCACUUUGACCAGGAACAUGCGAUUCGCGACAUACGAGUGCUUUUCCGAUCCGCGUAAGGAAAACUUAAUCUUUCACAUAUUGAGCUCUAUUGAUUUUUUGUGUAACAGCAAUCUUUGUCGUCGCGGCUGCAGACAGGGUUGAACCGAUACUACUGUGCUAAUUUGCAAUUUGCCUAAAACAGAAAGACUAAAACGCGCAGGCGUUGCAGCUGCUCCGUCAACCACCAUCACGGCAUCAGCUGAAUCUGAAUUAAUCGUGGAGCUACAUGCAACAAACGUGCCAUUCCGUUUUAUGGCGUCAAUUGGCUUUGGCGUCUUCAUAGUUUUUAACUUUUUUUCAGCGAUCGCGUUUAAAACUGUCUCUGUAGGCAGGCAGGCAAGAAAGUUCGAAGAAGCGCAAACGAUAAAUGCUGUGAAGCGACCCUGCGAAAUCCGCCCGCUCAGCUGACCUCUAUGCCUCAUUGGGUGGACAGCGCUCCUGACUGACUGAAAGGGCGAUCGGUAGGCCACAGCGAUUCUUUUGCUCGACGCGCAAAGCCGUCAGUCUGAUUGUUUGGUUUGAGGGUUCAGCCGUAGCGACUUGCCUGCUCCUCGUGAUGAGCGCUGCGUUUCAAAAUGCCGUUACUGUAAUAAAAAAGCCCAAACGCUGGAACGCUACAUUAUACAACCGCUCCGCAUACGUGGUCACAGCGGCCAUUGGGUUUGAAACCACAUCGCGUGCACGUCUUUCUAGUGGCCGGACGCGAACGUAAAGUGAUUGCAAACGCAGCGUUGUCACUUCAGGCCUUGUCGGUCGCAGUGUUCAGCACUUUCCUGUACUAAGCAAUCGUGAAACUGACAGCUGUUUAAAGGUUGUGUGCCCCAGAAAGAUGUAGUUGUUCCUUUUGGAGCGCCGUCAACCAUUGCAGGCAUUGCAGGCAGCCGGGUUGGUACUGGCCGGACUGCGAGCCCAGUGCUUGGUAUUCGCCUACGCUGCAAUAGAGGGGGCUCACGUCGAAAUUCUUUCGUCAGGUUGUCCGACAAAUUCCUCGGAACUAUUUUUCUUUCUUUUUUCCUCGCUGCGGGCUGCGCGGAAAAGCGGUGUAGAGAAAACAUCAAUUGGGAAAUGUAUGGUUCUGAAUAGGGACGUAUCAUAAAUAUAUAUAUAUAUAUAUAUUAGCAGUAAUGUUCUCUGAAUAACACAUUGGUUGACAGUGAGGUUUCCUUUACAACUUAAAAAUAUGCACUUGUUCGUCGCUCUAGUAUUAUCAGAAUAGCCACCGGUGAUAAAAAAACCGUCGUGCCAAGUAUUCUGAAACACCUGCUGUUGUCAGUAGAUUGUCAAGGCCUGGAGGAUGUUCGUUAUUUCGGUGAGAAGACGCGGUCUCCAUCAUCAGCGUGUAAGACUUUAACGAGUCCAUUAGUUAAACUUUUUAAGCUUUUACCUGCUGCUUAUUCACAUCUCAUUGCAGCGUUGUCUGCGUCCAGAGGAAGUAACAAAACCUUGUUUAACUUUUGCACAUUAUUGGUAUAAUAAUAAUAAUAAUAAUAAUAAUAAUAAUAAUAAUAAUAAUAAUAAUAAUAAUAAUAAUAGAUCAUUAUUAUUAGUAGUAUAGUAUUAUUACUUUCUUUUUAAUGUCAUUCAUUACGAAAUUACGCGUCAGCUCACCAAACUUAUAUGGAUUAAUCAAAGAAGGCAGCCUGCACAGGCGCAGCUUCUGAUGUCGCGGUCCUAACUACUACAUUACUCGCUGAAAACUGGCGGCGCCGGUACAUAACCGAACUGCUUUUGCACAGCGUCUUUAUUAUUAUUAUUUACUAUUAUUUUGUAGAGUGAGCAAAAUGUGCACGCACAUUUUGUGUGGCUUUAUGGCUGCAGUCGGUUCGAUGACGAGCCCGGUCAUUUGACUGCGUGAAGUUCGCUCAAAAUAGUUUUCUUUAAAAAGAAAAAGGGACAGGUUUUUAAUCGUUCUAAAAACACGUGCCUCGAAAAAUUCGCAUUACAGUGGAAAAUGAUAGCCUGCUGCUUCGGUCCUGUCUUCGACUUUCUGUGCAGCAUUCGCUUCGCCUGUAACACAAUUCUUUUACAUUCCUUUUUUUUUGUACUGAACACAAAGAGAGCGUGGAAGAAGAAAAAAAAAAGAAGCGAUAUAUGCCAUCUUGAUAUUAGUUCCGCCAGUGGUGUUUGGAGACUGUGAUAUACGUUAUACAAGCUCAGUGAUCCUUUUUUUUUUGUUCUAAUAUCAUUGUUUUUUUAUCUUUUUCAUGUUGAGCAAGGUUCUCGAAGCUUGCAUAGUAUUUAGGUAAAAAUGAAGAGCUUUUUGUUCUUCCCUUUUAUACUCUGCGGCUAUAUGAUACUGUGGUCAUCUUUCUGUCUGGCGUCGAGUUACUUAUUCGGAAAGUGAAACGAGUUUCAUGCGAACGGGAAUUGACCUUCGCGAAAGCGCUACCAAAAUACAAGAAAAGCGAGCGGUCGACCUUGUUUUAUUUUAUUUUAUUCUGCGUUGUUUUUUUUUAUCAUGGCGCGUGUCGCAUUCCGAACAUUUCCUGCGCGCUCGUCGCGACCAAAAAGUAAUGCGAGGGACGUAUUUUCGUUUUAUUUCCGGUUUUUGGUCAUCUUUCGUUUAUUUGUCGACCGUCUCCGCUAGGCGGCGGAAAUCGUGUGUUUUGACGACUGUCUUUUUGGCUCAUAGCAAAGUGCACUUCCGUAAUGGAGGAAAGGAAAAAAAAAAUUCUGAGGAGGUUCUCUGACGUCACUCUCCGCUAUAUGCGGCGCUGAAAGUCUCUGCGAUUGGAGUAUUGGCGGAAGAGAAGCAGGGAAGAUAUUCAUGGAACCGGACUCGUUACAAGUGUAGGUAAUGGUACGGUAUUGCGUUAAGAUAUUUCAAAUACGAAAAUUAAGACGAAGAUCAGAUAGGCAAAAUGCUAGAUAGCUAUGUAUGUAGUAAAACCUGAUUAAAUGAGGCAAGCUAGGGGACUAUUUGUAGGGAAGGCCUACAUUAUCAUCAUUACGGGGAUGCCCCCCCGCCCCCCGCCCUCGCGCUUUGCGCAGCCUCGACCACUGAUAACGGAGCGUGAGAGCACGUGACGGCUGCCUGUCUCGGCUCUAGUGUUUACAUCCGCGAUCGCGGCGCAUCGAAUUGGAACUCGCUCGUCGACUUCCGGGCACUGUCCGACGUGCGCCGAUCGCCGACGCAUCCAAGGCAGGCACCACUCACGGCGCUGUGUCGGGCUCCACGGCAACGUCAUUUGAAUCUCGCAGAGCAUCCAGUUUCCUUGAAAAAAUUACUAGAGCAAACUCUGGCGCUACUGUCUACAAAGGCGGCAAGUGCAGCGGUCCGGUAGACAUUGGGAAUGAUGGAGAGUGCGCGGAUUUGCCUAAAUUCCGUCCUUGUGGCUUCAAAAAGAUUUUUGACUGUGUAAGUUGAUCGUCUUCAACAAAAAGUUUGCGUUAUAGAUGCAGCACUUUCGCGAUAGUUACGCACGUGGACAGAGACUAACUGCCUUGAUGUGUUUCAAGAACUACGAGUGCUCGGUAAUUUAGAAGGAUAAUGCAUAGUAAAUAGCGCCACAGGAAUGUUUGGCGCCACAAUCGCGAAGAUUGGACAAAUCCUUUCUAACCAUCGUUCUCGGGGUAACGGAAAGUUCGCGGCGCCAAAGCUCACUUUCGUAAUAUCUGUAGCUAGCUCUAUACUGUAUGCAGCAAUCGGAUCCGCCAACAACGGUAGCGCCGUUCCUAUUCGGCCCAUUCUUGAGACCUGAACGACGCGUCAUUUCCCGCGUACAUUUCGCAAUGCAUCUAAGACUGAUGGGGCGCCUCCUCAGUUUUUCAACUUCCUCCAUGUCUACCGCACACCGUGUCGAUCACAUGGCAAGAAAAAAAAGAAAGGUCUUUAUGGACGGCGUGUGCGUAACGUUUGUGUCAGCAAUUCAUUUUCUCUCUCGGCAUCUUGUGAAACCUGAUGUGGUGGUAAUAAAUGUGCGAAUACACGGGGAGAGAAUUAAGGGCAAGUAUUUUGUUUUCUCUGAAUAGUAAUAAAAAAAGAUGACGUUU